CCCACUUCCGGGUAGCGCACCAUGGAUAUCUUCAUGCGCAACAUCGCGUUCAAUGUGGACCAAAGAGCAUUGAAGAUACAGCUCGCACCCAUUCUUCACGGUCCGGAGUACACGUCUUCGCCGUCCUCAGCCCCGAUCAACUUCGAAGUCCGGAUUUUCAAGAGUAGCAGAGGGAGGACGAAGAGCGGAGUGAUCACAGUCCCCACCGUCCAGAUCGCCCAGCGAUUCCUGGAGGAGUACGGGCAGCCCAACCCCAAGAAGCGCGUUUGGCACGGCACUACCAUCGUCUUCCAGGAGAGCAACAAAGCACCCCUGCCUAGUGUCCUGGAGACGGUGCGACGCCUUCCGUACGUUGAUCCAAGGGUCUUACAGGAAAGGGAAGCGAGGGCGUCCGAGGUGCAUGGCAUGAUCGUCACGAUUGCCGUGUUGCAGUUUGGUUGGGUGUGCAGAGAUGAGGUAUUUUCCAUCGAGUGGGACAAACGGCCUCCGUAUAAAGCUGAGCUGACGUACGACGGAGAAAGGCGCGAGUUUAGGGUGAAGUGGGACGAGUCCACUCUUACCCGCUUCAUUGCGAUUCGAACAUCUUCAAUAUAUUGGACGGGAGCAGGCCGGGACUCUUCCGGUGAACACGCAAUAUUCUUCUAUCUCAAUCACGCCCCUUCGUACGAGACCCAAGCAAACGAUGCCGAUUUGCUGGAGAUGUUCUCGCAAUUGCUCAGCCCUCGAGGCUCUCAAGACCCCAAACGACAGCGUUGGUCUGCAUUCGAUGCUGACCAUGAGCCCGUCGCCCCGUAUACCUCUCUUGCUAUCCGGAUAGUGUGUCCGUCAUCCGCGGGCGUCGAGACAUAUCGAAAGCUGGCGAAGAUCGCUCAUACGGCGGCUGCUACAUCCCCUUAUCCAUUCGACAGACGCAACGUAUUCGCUCCCAACAUACGUCAACGAUACGACACCUGGAUCGCAAACCUGCCUUGGAUUCUCGCCUUCCAAAUCGAGGGCCUCCUGCGAUCCCACCUAACGGACAUGCAGGAGCUGCUCGACGUACUGCGUCCAUCGAUUCAGGAUACGCUUCGUCGAAACGGAGCCGCAUCCACUGCAGCCAUCAUGCGCGACUUCCACUUGCGUGCAAAGGCGGUAUAUUGGACGGGCGGCGACACAGCCGAGCAGACUGCCCAGACAUCCGUUGUCGAGCUCUUCACGCUGGCACGCAAGGAGUACCUGGCCAAGCCCCCUGCGCUAGGAAGUCCGACGGUCGAAGAUGCCGACCUUUUCGAAUGUCUUCACGUCGCGGUGACACCCACUACCAUGUAUCUCGAGGGACCCUUCCCCGAGCGGUCGAACAGGGUCAUGCGGCGCUAUAAAGCCAACCAGGAAAGCUUCAUGCGAGUCAGCUUCCUGGACGAAACGCAACUGACGUAUCGUUUCGACCGUGACAUCGACGGCCGUGACCUCAUCCGCAGGCGGGUCAGACACUUCCUGGUCGAUGGCCUGACCAUUGCCGGCCGUCGCUUCGAAUUCCUCGCGUACUCCCAGUCUGCGCUGAAGGAGCACGCAGUCUGGUUCGUCAAGCCGUUUCGGGACGUGCAGACGAACAGCGUAGUCUCUGCUGCUACAAUCAUCGCAAGCCUUGGAACAUUCCGUAACCUCGCUUAUGACCCAACCUUGAUCCGUUGCCCCGCACGGUACGCUGCACGGAUUUCUCAAGCCUUUACGGCGACCGACUCGUCGCUGUCGGCGGAGGCAGAGGAAAUGAUCCCUAUCCCGGACCUCAAGACAUAUGAUCUCAAAUACUGUUUCACGGAUGGGGUUGGUACUAUCUCUUCCGAGUUAGCUCGCGCGAUUUGGGGAGAGCUGCGGGCGAAAGGAAGACGGGCGGGGCGUGCGAGGACCUAUCCCCGCCUGUACCAAAUUCGCCUCGGCGGCUCUAAGGGCAUGCUCAGCGUCGACUAUAAAUUGCAAGGUCGCGUCAUUGGGUUGCGGCCUUCGAUGAUCAAGUUCGACGCGCCGGAUUCGCUCUCCAUUGAGAUCGCGCGUGCAUUCGACCGGCCUGGAAAGUACUACCUCAACCGCCCACUUAUCAUGUUACUCGAAGGCCUCGGUGUUCCUUACGAGACCUUCCAGACCCUCCAGGAUGACGCCGUGCGGGAUGCGCAGGAGUCGACCGAGUCACUCGAGCGGUCUGCUCGGUUGCUCGAAGCCUACGGUUUAGGGGCCUCAUACAGGAUCACUUCGACGAUGCUCAAUCUUCACAGGCUUGGUGUCGGCCCUCUGACUGAGGACAUUUUCUGGCAGCAAAUGAUGGACUUUGCUGUCAAUCAUGUCCUCAGAGAGCUGAAACACCGUGCCCGCAUUCCUGUACCAGAAGGAUGGACCUUGGUGGGUGCAGCCGACAUUCACGGAUACCUGAAAGAAGGGGAAAUAUUCGCCUGCGUCGACCCACCGGGCGUAACCGGCGUAAUCUACUUGGAGGGUCCGAUCCUCAUAUCCCGGUCGCCGACUAUCCACCCCGGUGAUGUCCAGAUGGUACACGCAAUCGGACGUCCACCAGCCGGAUCGCCUUUCGAGAAGGAGUCUUUAAGGAACGGUGUCAUCUUUUCGAUCCAUGGCCACAGGCCCUUGCCGUCUUACUUGGGCGGUGGGGACCUUGACGGCGAUGUAUACAACGUAACGCCCAUGCGCGAGUUGCAUCCUUCAAGGGCCUACGAACCAGCGAGCUACGAGCCUGCGAAACGAAAACUCGUCGACCACGAGAGUACAAUGGAAGAUGUCGCCGACUUCGUUGCAGAGUACAUCAGCAGUGACACAUUAGGCAUCAUAGCUAUCAACUGGUUGAUCAUCGCAGACCAGAAUUCACAGGGGAUCUUGCACCAGGACUGUCUUACGCUCGCUCAACUGCACAGCGAUGCGGUUGAUUACCCAAAGAGCGGGAAUCCGGUGCCGAUAGAGAAAAUCCCGAGGCUGCAUUUUCGCGCAAAGCCAGACUGGAAUGCUCCUGAGACACACAUUAGGGAGUCAGCCGAAUACUACGAGAGCGAGAGAGCGAUCGGUCGGUUGUUCCGCUCCAUCGAACUCCCGGCCUUGAGGACCGUUGCGAGAGCCGUACGAUUCCAGCGCCGUCAUAUAGAUGAUAGCCCAGAACACUCCGUGCAAGACGUCGUGGCUGAAUUCCGAGAGAGCGAGCCCACUCAAGAUAACGUCGUCCUGCGGACGGUCGAGCGCAAGAUCAUGGAGUACAUCCCCUUAUCAGAGGAGAGCGUGGCCGACGACGUAAUCAAGACGCUGUAUCAACUAUUCGAGUCGUACACGUCGCAGCUGCGUGGAAUAUGUGCAGCACACGCGUUAUCAUACUCGCGAUCAGCAUUACUCACAGAGGAGGAAGCGUUGGUCGGCACCAUCGUCGCCAAAACAUCCCAGCCACGUAAACGCACGGACAUGAUGUCUCGAUUACGCGAACAGACCGCGAGUGUCGUCAAGGCAGUGCGGACGGAGAUUUCUGGCGUGGACGGCACGUCUGCAGAGACGUCGCUGGAACGAGCCUGGGUGGCGUACAAGGUUGCGUUAAUCCAGGACGACUACUUCGGGGCACGUAGCUUUGCAUGGGUCGCGUUGGGCGAGAUAUUCGAUGCGAUCAGAGACAUCGAAGAAGAAGAUAAGAGGCUGUUGCGGUGAUGCCUGGGGUAGUGAAGGGUAGUAGUCUCGUCAGAUGGAAGUAUGCGCAC